AUGAUUGGAGAAUUAAUUUUGCUGGGUAUUAUUUCGAGUGUAUCCUCGCAAAUGCUUCAUCAUAUGAUGACACCAGAGGAACUGAACAAUAUAUUCUCAGUAAAAAAUAGUGCUGAAGUGCCAACUUAUGAUGUCGUACCUGUUUCUAUAACAAAACCGCGAAACCGUCGCUACAAUGAUCUAUACCUCACUACAACACGUUUUGGGGAAAAUCUUAAAUUAUGGUUAACUCCCUUAGAUGGAAUUUUAGUCGGCGAAAAUGUGCCGAUUCUGAGUCUUUAUCACAAUCCAGCGUAUUCAUGGGAACCAAAAAUGAUAAAUCACACUGGAGACGUGAAGUUAUUCCUCCCCUUAAUGUACGAAAAUACUUUACAUGCUACUACAGUAGCUGUUAAUAAUCAUCCUAAUGGAAGACAUACUUUGACGGGUUACAUUGGCAAUUCAUACAUUCAACCGGUGCCGCCUCGACUAAUGGAACACGCAAGAAGAAGGAGAUCACUCAACAACACACUCGAGCACGAAUUCGAUAAUCAAAUUUAUCACAUUAUUCGUAAAAUUCCAGAAACUGAUGUGAAGUUUCAGUCUCAAGCAAUAGAAAUACCGGCUAUGCGAAACACAACAUCUAGGUCGAAAAGAUUGUUUCCUCAAAUAGUUUAUCCCGAAGUUCUUGUGAUCGUUGAUUUUAACUACUCCGCGUUUAUCGGAAAUCAUUCAAUAGAUAAGCUAAUAUAUCUUAUGGCAUUUUGGAAUGGCGUCGACAUGAGAUUUAGAAGCUUAGAAAAUCCAAGAGUUAGAUUGAAUAUUGCUGGUUUCAUUUUUGCUGAAGACACCAAAGUUCUUCCAUAUAUGCAAAUUAAAAACGGACUUUUAACGAAUUCUGGACAUCAGCUUAGAUACAAAGGAAAUUGGUGGUAUGGCCUGCAAGGGUAUUUUCCGAUCAACUACGAUCUAGCAGUUACUAUGACUCCAUUUAGAUUAUGUGACGGAUUCCCAAGAAAAUGUAAUAUUCUCGGUCAAGCUUAUGUUCAAGGCGCCUGUUUGGUAGAUCACAACAAAAGAACUAUAGAUAAAGUAGCUUUCGUACGAGAUAGAGGUGCUUAUGACGGUAUUCAAACUGCUGCCCAUGAAUUAGGACAUUUAUUUGGCAUGAAACAUGACGGUCAGGAAAACAAAAAUUGCCCAGACGAAAAUGGUUACAUAAUGACUACAUACGAUAAAUUUACGCCCCAAGCGUUUGAUUGGUCAAAUUGUUCUUUGAUAGAUAUGCACAACUAUCUAAGGAGCGAACGUGGCUGGUGUUUGUACAAUUAUCCAAAACAGGGUGAGCCGGUGCGCAGAUAUUUGCCAGGAAGACGAAUGAAUGCUGAUGAACAAUGCAAAAUGUUAGUAAAUGGAACUGCAACUGUAAUAGAUGACCACAUUUGUGCUCAACUUAAAUGUUCGGAAAGUGACGGUUGGGCGUUGCCUGAAGCCGCUGAAGGUACUCCGUGUGGCUCGGGAAAAUUAUGUCUUCAUGGAAAAUGUGUUCUUGAAACCAAAAUAGUUUAA